UUCUAUGAUUUGAUUUAGGUUAAAAAAGUUUUGUGAUUUUAGUUUAUAUUCUGAAAAUUAAUAAUUAUGUAUGGUGUAUACUGUUUCAUCUGAAUAUGUUUUGAAACUUUCAUACUUAUAGGCUCUAAAUAUCUUUUGGAAGACAUGGAACGAGAUAUCGAACAAUUAAAUGUAGCAUUAAACAAAGUUAAAGUAUUACGUUCAAAUGUACGUAGUGUUUUCGAAUCUUUAAGUAGCGGUUUACGUGCUGACCAUGGAGAUGAAGGGAAAGAGAAUAAAUUUAUAUUAGAAUUACAAGAUCUACUUACUCUUGUCAAUAAUAAUCUCAGAGAUGUAGAAAAUGCAGUUGGUACUUUAAGUACCCCACCAGGCCCUUUCAGUUUGGGAAACAGUACUCAUUUAUCUCAGGAAACUACAUUGGAAAGACAACAAUUAUAUGGACAACUUGUUAAUAGUUACAAGUGGACUGAUAAAAUCAGAGAAUAUGGUGCAAUAGCAGCAAGCAUUCUUGCUUCUAAUUCAUUCAAUAAGACAUACAAAACAUUUGGAACUAAAAGAAGAAAAACCCAGACUAGCAAUCACAAUGUAUCUCCGGAAGUUAUAGAGAAUCUUAUCACUGGUAUUGAUAGACUUCUUCCAGAUGUUACUAUAAUUUGUAAUAGGCCUUUUGUACCUAAUCCAGUUAUCCAAGCUUCUCUUGGAAGAAUUUUCAAAGCUAUGAUAGCUUUUAAAGGAUUAAUAAUAGAAUGGGUUGUGGUUAAAGCUCAUAGUGAAUCAACUGAUUUAUGGACAGAAUCAAGAUAUAGAGUAUUCAGAAAAGUUACUGAAAAUUGUCAUGCUGCCAUGUUACACUUUCAUUCACCCCAAAUGCCAGAACUAGCUGUAAGAUCCUUUAUGCAUUGGCUUCACAGUUAUGUUACAUUAUUUAGUGCACCUUGUAAAAGAUGUGGAAGUAAUAUGAGAGGAAAUCUUCCACCUACUUGGAGAGAUUUGCGAAUGUUAGAACCCUACCAUGAGGAAUGCAAGUAAAUAAUAAAGUAUUUAUGUAAAUUUUCCCAUAAAUUAUAAAAAUCAAUAAAUGAAAUAUGUAUAGUUUAUUUAAA